ACGUUCGUUUCGCAAUUCGCAACGAGCUAGCUCGCGCUCAGAUCAGGGGAUCGGAUCGGAGUAGUCAGCAGAGUUUUUGACGGUACACGAAGAAAGCCGCUGCUAGAACCAUGUCAAAAGCCAAUAAAAUACCGGAUCGGUGGGAGAAUUAUAAACCUUUUGGCGAUGUCAUCAAAGGGACCAACAUACUCCCACUCAAAGUACCAUUAAAGGAAAAACUGAUCUUCAGAUUACAAGAAAAAGACAGAUUUACACCAGAUGACCUUCUUAACAAACUAGAUGAGAUGAAUUACAGAUUAGGUCUUCUCAUUGAUCUGACUGCCACAACUAGAUACUAUAAUCCACAAAUUUUUGUUGACAGGGAUGUGCAAUAUGUAAAGAUUUUCACUCAGGGUCAUGUUGUGCCUUCUCCAGAAGUCAUAGAGAAGUUUACUACUGCGAUGUCAUCAUUUAAGGAGUACAAUAAAGAUAAAGAUACCAUUAUAGGUGUGCACUGUACUCACGGUGUGAAUAGGACAGGAUACCUUAUAUGUCGGUAUCUGAUAGAACAUGAGGGGUUUAAGCCGGAGGAUGCAUUGAAAGCCUUUAAAGAUGCGAGAGGAUACCCAGUGGAACGAGAGAAUUACAUCGACGAUCUUUUACACCUGAAUGAUGAUAGGAGAGCUUCUUCACAUACCAAAGGGUCUCAUGUUGAACACUACAAAGGCAAGGGAAAGAAUGACCAUUAUAGGACUAGAAAUAACUAUGAUCAUGACAGGGAAAUAAGAAGAGGGCAUAAUCAGCACUUCUACGACCCCUAUCAGUGGAAUGGAAGAGCCCAGCAGGAUCCACAUCGGAGUACAUUCAAGGGCAACUCACCUCGGAAUGGUCCAUUCAGAAGUAGGGGUGGCAGCUCGAGGAGAGACGGAGGGAUGGAUCAAAGAGUUGGGUGGCAAGGACAGGAUGCGUACUAUGACUCGUGGAAUGGAGGUGGACACAUGGAUCCAUAUGGUUCGAACUGGAACGGCCCGUACGGGUACUCGCCGUAUGGAAACGCUCCGUAUGGUAAUGAUCCUUACGGGAACGGUUGGUAUGGGAACGACCCGAAUUGGGGUUUCCAACCUUACUGGCAAUCGUACGAUCAUAGGACUUCUCACGGUGGUGUGAAGAAUGGACCCAGUAUGCGCGGAUCUUCAAAGAAUAUACAUAACCCGGGUUACAGCCCCUACUAGUGUGAACACUCCCCAAUGUCUUGCUUCCAGGCGUACCUUGUUAUUUUAUUCAUUUGCUUCCCAUUUCAUAAAAACUUGUUUUAUGAUUUAAAUUGUAUUAUUCAUUUACUUACCAACUUAUUAAAACAGGUUGGAGAUGAGCAAACUACUGUGGUUUGAAGGUAUGGAAUAAGGUGACCAAAUUAAUUUGUUAUUCAAAUGAGAUAUUUGUAUAGAUUGAACAAAAUGAGUGGAUGUUUACAUAACCUGGGUUACAGUCCCUACUAGUUUGAACAUUUUCCAAUGUCUGUGAGGGGCGGGAUGGCUCAGUUGGAAGAGCAGGGUUUUCAUAUUCUGGUUACCUGGGUUUAAUUCCCACUUGGUGCCCUUUGGUAAGGCAUUUAAAUCCUCAUUACCAGGUCCCUCGGAGAGGACCCUUAAGCCCUCCAUCCUCUGGUUGCUUGCUUACAAGCGUUUAUGCUUUCCUAGGAAUCAGGUAAACAAUUUCUACCAUUACUACCAUAAUGAGCUUAACAAGUCUGUUUGAAUAUUAUAUGCUCUGACUGAUUUCAUACUUGGCGUUUGUGUCAAAAGCAUGAUGCAGAUUGCAAUCCUUUAAUAGCAAAAACACAUAGGCCCCUAUUCUGAAGUCGGGUUUAACUUAGACCACGGUCUAACUCUGCUGAAAUUAUGGGGAGCCAAAAGUUAAAAAAUUCUGUUUAUAUUGUAUAUUUCUCAUGUUUACAAUUUUGUUUCCUUUUGCUUUCAUAAGGAAGAAAAAUACUUCAGUUGUCAUUCCCAGACAAUUUUGAACAAUAUGGGUGUCAUAUGAGUUAAUAAGUUGAAUGUGUACUGUUAGGAAUCUGUGCUCCAAUUGGCUCUCCAUAGUUAAACCACAACUUUAAACCAAGGUUUAAUUUAAACCCGACUUCAGAAUACUGGCCAUAAUGUGACUACGUGAGUUUACAAAAAAUGAUCCAAGUCACAUUAAUGAUAGCUCAACAUCUAGUGAGAGUCAUCUCGGGACUAGCUUCAUAUUGAAAGAUCAACUCUGGUACUGGAAACAACAGAAAGUAAAAUGUUCACAGAAUUGAACAAAACUUACACAGAAUUAUUCAAAAAUAAAGGUAAAUUAAUAAAUGAUAUCUGCUAGACAAUUUUUCAGGAAAAUAUAUAAUUACAGAGUAAUAUGAAUGUAUCAGACAAAUUACUGAAAAAAAAAUGGUGUGGUCCCACAUGCUGUUUCCUGUGUAUCUACACCAAGAUAAGCAUGUGAUAAUGACAUGAAUAUAAUGUCAUGCAAACCUGAAUUAUUCUUAUUAAAUUUUGUUGUCCUAAAUAAGCAUUCUAGCAUACAAUAAACAUUAUAGGAGUGCUUCCAACCAUUUCCUUUUAGAAUUAGAGUUUUAAAUUGUCACUUGAACUUAGCUUUAAAGUUUUUUGCUGAUGUAAAAUUUGACUCAACGCCUACACCAAAAGAUUAACACCAAACUUGAAAUAACCCACUGCCUUGUCAUUGGAUAGUGACACUGACUAUUCUUGUUUUAGUUUUGUGUACGCAGCAAAUAUCAUAAAAUAGUGCAUCAUUAUGGAACAGCCAGUCAAGACUAUUUGGAAAGUUGGCCAGCUCUAAGCAUACAAAGAAAUCAGUACAUGAACAACAGAUCUUUUUUGAAAUUGCAGGUUUUAUAAUGAUGCACUUUCCUUUAAUACAUAUAUUUUUCCCCCAAAUUCAAAUAGGGGGAAAAAUUCAGUUAUUUAUUUUUCAUGAAUAAAUUGUAUCAUUUUAGUUUUCUUGGUGCAGCCAAGAAUACAAUAGUGUCCAAUAAUAUCACAUAGGCUACCUGAACUAUAAAUGAAAAUUUCACAUAUUCACAACUCCAUUUUGUGUCUAAUUUUGAUGAAAAAUUGUGUUGCCAUGAUCUCCCCCACAUUUUAUCCAAAGUUUUUCUUUUGUUGAAGUGAUAAAGAUUGUAUUACCAACGAAUGGACAUUCGCUUGUUGCAUUGCUUUGCAGCAAUAUACCAGCAGAAACAAAGAAGGGAUAGAAAUAUAUCAUAAUCAUGUUGGAAUUAAACAAUUUAAAAAAAGGUAAUAAAUGAACUCUGUAUUUGUCCUUGUUCAAUUUGAUAAAAUGAAUUGUUUAUUUCUGUUCACUUUUGCAUGAUCAGUAUCACUGGCGGAUCAGGGGGGGGGGGACGAGCCGGCUGUGCCCCCCCCCCCCCCCCGUUUGAGAGGAACUAUUAAAAGUUGUAAUGUAAAAAUGCCGUUAAAACACAAGUGUGCCCCCCCCCCCCCUUUUGUAAGUGAGGACCUUUUUUUUUUGCUUGCUUGUUUGUCAAAUUUUUCCUCAGGAAAAUGUGCCCCCCCUCCCCUUUUAGAAAAUCCUGGAUCUGCCCCUGAUCAGUAUGCUUACUGAGAAAACUUGUCAGGUAGUUUUAAAUGAACUGUUCUUGCCCAGUUGAUCCAGAAAUUUGAAAGCCUGUGAUACCAAAGGCCCGGGAGACCAAAGGCGCAUGAGACGGAAGUACCCUGAUUCAGGACACCUGUGGCCUAUGAGACUAUGGACCUGUGAUUCCAAAGGUCCAUGAGACUGAGAAACAAGGAGUAAAUGGGCCCUAGUAUUAAUAUUUUACAUAUUUGGUAUACACUUCUGAACUAAACUGGAAGAUUUGAAGAAAUUAUCAUUAGUUUUAAAAGAGAAAUAUAGAUUUUACCUCAAACUUGUGAUCCCGCAAGGACUAUUGUAGCCCAAAAUUUAUUCUAUUCUGUAGCGAAAUUCAAAGUCACACAAAAUAAAGCAGGUGAACCUGUAUUAUUUUUUUGCAUAUUUGCCCUUACCAUGUUCAGGUUCUAAAUUAUAGUACUGUAGCUCUGUGUAAAUUUAAUGAAAAUGACAUGGAUUCUUUUUUAACUGUAAAAAACAUCAAGGGACCACCUCUCCAAGGUGCAAGAAUAAACCUUUCUAUCUUAACAAUUCUCAUAAAAAAGACACAAAACAGAGAGGAAAAUAAGGGGGAAAUCAGCCCCACACGACAAUUGGUCUCAAGGAUCCAUUAUCAAUUACUAAUAUGACAAAUGAUAUUGUUUGGCUGAAAUGUUGGAAAAUUUCUACACAAUCACAGGGUUAAUUGCUGUUUACUUAUGCCCACUUCAUUUGUUUUCGCUUCAUGAUAUAAAAUAGUAUUGGUUAGUACAGUAUUAACCUGCCUGUCUUUUAACCAUCUUCAAUAAAUUAUUUGUAUUGUUAAUCGUUACUUUUAUUAAUCUUGAUUUGGUCUGUAUGCUAUUUUCUUAAGUCUUGAUUAAUUUUCAUUUCAAAUUGGAUUUUUAUUUAUUUAACUCCUUGAAAUAUAUUUCAGACCUGUCAUAAUA